AUGGAUGCCUUCUCGGGAUAUAACCAGAUAAGGAUGGCUAAGGAAGACCAGGAGAAAAUCGCUUUCAUCACGAGUCAAGGACUCUACUGUUAUAAGGUAAUGCCUUUUGGAUUGAAGAAUGUUGGAGCCAUGUAUCAGAGGUUGGUGAACAAAAUAUUCAGUCAACAGAUUAGCAGGAACAUGAAAGUGUACGUGGACGAUAUGCUCGUCAAGACUUCGGGAAAGUUCUUGGGAUUCAUGGUGUCCCAAAGAGGAAUAAAAGCAAACCCAGAAAAAGUGCGAGUCAUCAUCAACAUGGCCUCACCCAAGACCGUCAAGGAUGUUCAAAAACUCACAGGAAGGAUAGCAGCCUUAAACAGUCCACCUCUCUUGAGCCCGUCCAAAGAAGGGAAAGAUCUAUACUUAUACUUGGCCGUGUCAGCCUCAGCAGUAAGUGCAGCCCUGAUCAGAGAAGAAGGCGCGAAGCAGCUCCUAGUUUACUACGUCAGCCAGGCCUUCCAAGGGGCUGAGUCCAGGUAUCCAAGGAUCGAAAAGAUCGCGUUUGCGUUAAUAGUAGCCUCGCGCAAGCUAAGGCAAUACUUUCGGGCAAACCCUAUCCUCGUAAUGACAGACCAACCGAUCAAGAAAUCGAUGAACAAACCUGAGGCAGUCAGAAGAAUGGUCCAAUGGGCGAUUGAACUUAGUCAAUUUGACAUCGAAUACCACCCCAGAACGGCGAUCAAGGCGCAAGCUCUAGCGGACUUCAUCGCAGAGUUCACAUUUCCUAACGAAGACAGCCUUACCGACGAAGUUGAUAGAUGGACGAUACAGACUGAUGGUUCGUCAGCCCAGAGGAAGGGGGGAGUAGGGGUUGUCAUAACUACCCUCGACGGAGAGGUGCUAAAAUAUGGGGUCCAACUAAAAUUUCCGGCCACCAACAACGAAGCUGAAUACGAGGGGAUACUGACGGGACUGAGGCUUGGAAAGGCACUUGGUGCUAAAAACUUGUUGAUCCAAAGUGAUUCAAAGCUAGUGAUCGGGCAGAUUAGGGGAGAGUACGAAGCAAAGGAAGAAAUGAUGCAGAAAUACCUCAAGCUGACGAAACAUCUAACUCAGGAGUUCGAUACAGUGGAGUUUGUGCAGAUCCCAAGGAGUCAGAAUAUGGGGGCUGACGAAGUCUCGAAGCUAGCGUCAUCAGAAGAAGGGGAGAUUAGCACAGAUCUGGCGAUGGAGGUCCAGAAACACCCCAGUAUUGAAGAAAUUGCAACAUUCACCAUCCAGAGCACAAACAACUGGAUGACACCCAUAAUAUCCUACCUCCAAGAUGGACACCUCCCUCAGAACACGGAGGAAGCUAAAAAGAUUAAGAAGAGGGCGGCCAGGUUCACGAUCCUUAAUGAUGCCUUAUACAAGAGAGGCUUCUCUAUGCCUUACUUGAAGUGUGUCGACGAAGAAGAAGCUAGAUACAUCCUCGAAGAAAUCCACGGAGGAAUUUGCGGCGACCAUGCUGGCCCCAAAUCCCUGGUGAACAAGAGGCAGUUCGAUAGCCAAGGCUUCAGAGAAUUCUGUUCAAACCUUGGGAUCAAGAAUCAGUUCUCAUCCUCGGGGCAUCCCCAGGCAAACGGGCAGACGGAAGUGACGAAUCGAACGCUGCUCAAGAUUAUCAAAACCAGGUUGGACGAUGCGAAGGGUGCUUGGCCAGAAGAAUUACCUAAUGUCCUGUGGGCUUACAGAACCACAGCCAGAACCUCGACAGGAGAGACCCCCUUCAGGAUUACCUAUGGCACAGAAGCAGUAAUCUCAGUCGAAGUGGGGGUAACGAGCAUCAGACGAGGAACGUUCAACGAAGGGCGCAAUGACGAUGAACUGCGACUCAACCUAGACUGUCUGGACGAAGUAAGAGACAACGCAUCCAGCAAGAUGACGAAGUAUCAGAAAAAGAUGGCCGAGUACUACAAUAAGAGGGUUAAACUCAGGCGACUGGACAUAGGAGACCUUGUCCUGCGCAAGACCACCCCAGCAACUAAAGACCCUACCCAAGGAAAGCUGGGUCCUACAUGGAAAGGACCUUACCGAGUCAUUCACUACACAAGACAAGGAAGUUACCACCUGGAAACCAUGGACGGACAAAGACUCCCUCAACCAUGGAACAUUGAGCAUUUAAAAAAGUACCACCAGUAG